GAGAGGUUAUGGUAAAACAGAGAUUCAAGUGUUACACUUUCACAGUGCUCUUCAUGAGAAUCAUUGUAAAUGUAAAUCAUUGGCUUGACUGUUCACUGUAGAUUUACCAUUCAGAUGUCACUAACCAGUCACUAACAUACACACUUCAUCAUACCACUGCCGGUGCCACAGCAUCCCACACACAGACUGGGUUCCUUGCUGUACUUUCUGAUUUCCCUAACGAGUCUUACUUGAUUGGAUAGGUGAGGUCAAAUGCAGAGGGAAGGGGAACGGUGUUGUUGUUGAUGGCAGGUGCAUCGGACAUAUCUGGCCAAACCUGACGGGGAGAAAUGGAGACGGACAAAGCGGUGUUGUGUGAGAGCCUUAUUAUUUGGCUCCAGACCUUUAACACUGGGUCACCAUGUACAGCUGUAGCGGAGCUGACCACUGGCGUCGCCAUGUCUCAGGCCUUGCAUCAGAUAGAUCCAGCGUGGUUCAGUAAAAGUUGGCUCGGUCGCAUUAAAGAAGAUGUUGGGGAUAACUGGAGACUCAAAAUGAACAACCUGAAGAAGAUCCUUCAGAUGAUGGUGGAUUACUACAAUGAGGCCCUGAGCCAGCAGAUCCAGGAGUUUCCAUUGCCAGACCUGGUGAAGGUGGCAGAACACUCAGACCCUGUAGAACUUGGACGACUGCUGCAGCUCAUACUGGGCUGUGCUGUCAAAUGUGAACGCAAACAAGAGUACAUCCAGGUCAUCAUGACUCUGGAGGAGUCCGUACAGCAUGUGGUGAUGACAGCCAUUCAGGAGCUGAUGAGUAAAGAGAACAUGGCCCAGUUUGGAGCAGAGCCACCGGGGGAUGUAGAAUCACAGUUGAAGAAGGCUCUUGAGGACCUGGCGGAUCUGAUGUCAGAGAAGGAGGAACUAGCCCAGCGCUGUCAUGAGCUCGACGUACAGGUGACGGUCCUUCAGGAGGAGCGGAACAGCCUAUUAGCUGAGAACGAUGUGCUGACGGACCGAGCCAAUCAGCUGGACGCAUUUGAUGACCCAAGCACGCCCUCCGGACGGAAACACAGCCAGCUACAGAUACAGCUAGAGACACUACAGGAGGAGAACUUCAGGUUAGAGGCAGCUAAGGAUGACUACCGGAUCCACUGUGAGGAGUUGGAGAAGCAGCUGAUCGAGGUUCAGCAUCGUAACGACGAACUUACUAGCCUGGCCGAGGAGUCACGAGCACUUAAAGACGAACUCGACAUCCUCAGGAGCUGCUCAGACCGUGCUGUGAAGCUGGAGGCGUCAGUGGAGACAUACAGGCGUAAACUGGAAGACCUGGGAGAUCUGAGGAGACAAGUCAAACUGCUGGAGGAGAAGAACAUGACCUACAUGCACAACACUGUCAGUCUGGAGGAGGAGCUACGCAAGGCUAACACUGCCCGCGCACAGCUAGAGACAUACAAGAGACAGGUCCAGGAGCUACACCGGAAGUUGUCAGAGGAGUCUCGGCGGGCAGACAACCUGGCCUACGAGAUGAAGAAGUUUGAGGAGAAAUACGACGCUGUAAUGAAGGAGAAAGAGAAGAUCAUCAUUGAGCGAGACUCUCUGAAGGAGACCAAUGAAGAGCUACGCUGUAACCAGGCUCAACAAGACCAGCUCCGACAAGCAGGGAUGGCAGGGAUGCCAGCUGGCAGUCCAAGCCAUGAUAACCUUGCUGCUGAAAUCCUACCUAUAGAGUACAGGGAGAAGUUUAUUCGGCUCCAGCAUGAGAAUAAGAUGUUGCGUGUGCAGCAGGAGGGAUCAGAGAAUGACAAGAUCUCUGACCUACAGACACUGCUAGAGGAGGCACACCGAACACGCUCUAAACUGGACACUGAGAACAGGUUAAACCGGGAGAGAGUCACUGAGCUGCAACAGCAGGUAGAGGAUCUACAGAAAAGCCUACAGGGCCAGGGGGCCAAGACUGAUGAUUCUCACCUGAAGAGGAAACUGGAUGCUCAUAUGGUGCAACUGAACGAGGCGCAGGAUGAGAUCAUGAAGAAGAAAGAACUGCUGGAGGACCUGCAGCCAGACAACACACAGACCUCUCUGAGACUGGAGGAGCUAAUGGCUGCUCUGAAGAAGAAGGAUGAUGAUAUGAGAGCCAUGGAGGAGAGAUACAAGAUGUAUCUGGAGAAAGCACGCAAUGUGAUCCGUGCGUUGGACCCCAAGCUGAACCCAGCCACAGCAGAGAUCCAGGCUCUGAAGAACCAGCUGAUGGACAGAGACAAGAGGAUCCUCAGUCUGGAGAGGGAGUGUGAGCAGGCAAAGCUGAGAGAGUAUGAGGAGAAGCUGAUUGUAACAGCAUGGUACAACAAGAGUCUGAGCUUCCAGAAGCUGGCGAUCGAGGCCCGUCUGGGGGGUCGCUCCACCUCUAUGGUGCCCCCCGGUCAGUCCUUCCUGUCCCAGCAGCGCCAGGUCACCAACGCCACCCGCAGGACCCUCUCUGUCAGCGUGCCUGCCACCACCGCUAACUAAACCUGGGAUGGGUGACUACUGAGGUGGGCCACUGUGUAUACAGGCUUAAAGUUAAACCAUCAUUAGUUUAAUAAGGUGUGUUCGUGCUGGGCUGGAACAGAAGCCUGCUGACACGGCGGCCCACUAGGACCGGGGUCUCCCACAUCUGAAGUAAACAAACAAAUGGCUCCUCUCUCACUCCCUUCCACAAGUGCACACUCAAGUGACCUUAAGCACACUAGCUCUCAGCCCCUGGGGAGGGGACAAGCAUGCACUGACUGAUGUGAACAUGAGCACUUGGUGUAGUCAGGUUCCCUCUUCCUCACUGAUACACUGUACAGUAAUAUACCGCACAGUAGCACACAACAGCACUGUUGCUUAUAAUCACCUGGAAUGAGUUUGGUCUGAGUUGACAACCCUAUCCACAUUAUUGGCUUUAGCCUAGCACAGAACACUGACUGAGCCCUUCAAUAUACCUGUGUUAGUCUAGAUAGCAUCAAGCUCUGACUGGAAUGCCUAUUGAACGAACCUUGAUUCUUAAUCUCGACCUCCUGACACGCUGUAUAUUAUGUCAGGGAUAUGUCAUUUAUUCCGUCUAUGAAUGCGCAAAAAAAUACAAUUGGAGCUUGUAAGACAUGUGGUCUUAAAUGGCUUAUUUGAAUGCUAUUACCAACUGAAUAUAAGUGAUAUUCUAAAAUGUUUUCAUACUUUACAAAAUGAUGAAUCAACAACACUAUGCAGUUAAAGGAUGUAACAAACAACCUAUCAACCAUUGGACUAAAGAGAGAGUUUGACCUCUGAUCUUCCUCCUCUGAGUUGUCACAAUCACCGGGGAUGAAUGGAGCACAGAUAACUGAGAAAUAGCUGUAUUUGGUGCUGGCCACCAAAUGUCCAUUACUAGUUUCUUACACAAAAGUAGGAAGUCUAUACUGCAGACCUGUGUCAAUAUCCUGAUGUCAUACUGACAUAUAUCGCUGGUGCGGCAGCCGCGAAUCAAUUCAUCAAAUCAGAAAUCCAGGACUAUUUAUGUUAUUUAUUUUCUAUGUGUUAACUGUGAUCUGUACUAGAAUUUACUGCAUGCUCUAAUGGAAUACUGUUGGGCCUUUAUAUUCUCUGAAUGUCUUGUCUAGAUGAGUAGUAAGGUUUCAACAGUAUAAUCUAUACAGCACUACUGUUAUCAGGGUUCAAACACCAGCUUGGCAUUUAUGGGCCAGUUUCACAAACCCAGAUUAAAUUAUAGUUAGGUUAUGAAAUAUUGAAAUGUGGAUUAAUUCAACCUUGUCCUGGAUGUAUUGCAUCUGCAAUUGUGGACACAGCUCCUAGAUUUAAAUAUUCUUCCUCUCUGAUGAAGCGAAAAUGCUGUGACAACCUCUUUGAAUGUCUUUAAAUUUGUUUGGGCACAUUUGGCCUUCCUCUGUACCCACAAUGCAUCUGGGGAUUGAGUUUGAUGCAUCUUGGCUUGAGGUGCACUGGGAUAUCUGAAUGAAACAAAUGUCUCUUUAAAAUAGCUAUCCACUGAUGUUGUGAUCCCUACUGGGUUGGAUUGCUAGCCUUAUAGUGAGGCUUACUUUAGCUCAAGGCAAGCAAUUAGCUAGAUGUUGGAUUUGUUGUUUUGGGAAAAUGUGAAAUUCUUGUAUGUCAUGUGCUGCUGCUUACAUUUUAUACACACACUUCAGCUAAAACGAUUUGGCCUCUAGACUCUAGAGCAGCGUACAAAGCUGAUUUCACAGCUCAGUUGUAUUUUUUUUGCAGUGGAUAGUACUUGUACAUCUACUGAUUCACAUACAUACAAUGCCAUGUAUACAGAGAUCAGAGCAGUACUAGGAAAUGAGAUCUGAACAACAUUGUUUGGAUAGUAGGCUACUUGUUCAUUGUGUUUAGUGGGAAAAUAAGUGUGAAGGCCUUUUCAUGUACUGUAAAGAAUAAAGUCUUUUCAAAGUGU